AUGAAGGACGUAAUUGAUGUUCUUCAACUGCAAAGGGAAAAAGCUAGAAGAGUUCCUCCUUUAAAUUAUUCAGAAAAAAGUGACAGCUACAUGGGUGCUCGAUUUAUUUUUGAAUGUGUAUUUUUAAUUAUGCACAUGUUGAAUAAAACUGAAGCUCAACCAUUAACGAUAGCUACAGCUGUUACUUUGUUUCACAGAUUCUUCAAAGAAGCAGACAUAAAUGGAUAUGACAGAUAUUUAAUCGGUGCUUCGGCUUUAUAUUUAGCAGGGAAAAUAAAAGAUGAUAAAAUUAAAAUUAGAGAUGUUAUAAAUGUUGCCCACAAUACUUUUCAUAGAGGAUCUGCACCACUGGAAUUAGGAGAAGAAUAUUGGAAUAUGAGGGAUGCUGUUGUGCAAGCAGAGCUCUUAAUUAUAAGAAUGCUAAAAUUUGAAGUUAAUGUGGUUCAUCCUCAUAAAUACAUGUGCCAUUAUUUAAAAACAUUACAUGGAUGGUUUACUGCGGAAGAAUGGAGAAAACUUCCAUUAGCAAAAUCUUCGGCUGCAUUCCUACAAGAUUUUCAUCAUGAUCCUGCAAUUUUAGAUUACAAACCUCAACAUGUAGCUAUAGCUGCCAUUAAUUUAGCACUUCAAGUAUAUGGUGUUCGAGUACCAUUAACAGAUGAAAGUGAUAAUAAUUUAUGGUACAAUGUUUUUGUGUCUGAUUUAUCUAAAGAAAAACUUUGGGAAAUAACUGAAAAAAUUAUGGAUGUUUAUGAAAAAGAUGAUACAUAUAAAUAG